AUGACAACCGUAACGGAGAAAGAGCACGUAGAAGAUCAGAGGCCUGCAGAGUUGUUUCGGGUCGGAGUUAGAGUGCCGCCAUUUUGGCCCGAGGAGCCGGAGAUAUGGUUCGCGCAAGUAGAAGGACAAUUCGCGAUAUCCGGCAUUACAUCAGACACCACGAAGUUCAACUACGUGAUUGGACAACUUGACCAUCAGUUCUCGAAGGAAGUGAAAGACAUUAUCAUCUCACCACCAGCCACAGAUAAGUACGAGAAGCUAAAGUUAGAACUUAUCAAACGGCUUAGCGCUUCGCACGACAAGAAGGUGAAACAGCUGCUAAUGCACGAAGAGUUAGGCGAACGAAGGCCAUCACAGUUCCUUCGCCACCUACAAAGCUUAGCUGGGCCCACUGUGCCCGAAGAGUUUGUGAAGACUAUCUGGACCAGCCGUCUGCCGCGCAACAUCCAGACCGUGAUCGCCGCUCAACCUACCUCGUCGCUAGAGGUACUUGCUGAUUUGGCCGACAAGAUACAAGACAUCGCCACUCCUACACCUCAAGUCGCAGCAGCUCAAGCAGGACCCGGGUCCACCAUGGACGCUAUGGCACGAGAAAUCGCUGAGUUACGUAAACAGUUACAAAAUUUAUCAUCGCAGUUAAACUCGCAGGACCGGCGGUCUCGCUCCACACAACGCCGUGACCGUAGCCGAUCAAUGACCAGGUCCGUAUCCAACUACCGCAGAUUCCCGGAAUGUUAUUAUCAUUUCAAAUUCGGUAGCAACGCAAGAAACUGCAUAAAACCAUGCGACUUCGAGCCGGAAUCUCGAGAUAGUAGUCCAAGAAGAAUCCCGGGAAAAUCUCGGGAUCCCGGGAAAAAUUCGGAAAACUCCAGGGGUGGUCAGUAA